AUGGCUACAAGUGAUCCGAAACCGGAUGUUAUGGAGGAUGAUUCAAAGAAACCGAUAUGUUUAAUUAUUUUAGGUAUGGCAGGCGCUGGCAAGACGUCGUUCACCCGUCGUUUAGCUGGAAAAGUCGUUGAAGGAGCUAGACCUUACUUAAUUAACUUAGAUCCUGCAUGUAGAGAGGUACCAUAUCCUGCUAAUAUAGAUAUAAGAGACACAGUGAACUACAAAGAAGUAAUGAAACAAUAUGGACUUGGUCCCAACGGUGGCAUUGUGACUGCGCUUAACCUGUUUUCCACAAAGUUUGGACAAGUUGUAGAACUGAUUGAAAAAGCUGGCAAGAAGCACAAGUACUGCAUUAUUGACACACCAGGUCAAAUUGAAGUAUUCACAUGGUCAGCGUCAGGCACUAUUGUAACGGAAGCUUUGGCGUCUUCUUGUCCAACUGUAGUAGUGUAUGUAAUGGACACAGUCCGUAGUGUGUCACCGGUUACCUUCAUGUCGAAUAUGCUGUACGCCUGCUCAAUUUUGUAUAAGACACGGUUGCCUUUUAUUGUGGUCAUGAAUAAGACUGAUGUGGUAGACAAUUCCUAUGCAGUAGAAUGGAUGAGAGACUUUGAAGCGUUUCAAGAAGCGUUAGACGCGGAAGGUUCAGGUGAGACGGAAGGUGGCAACACUUACAUAGACAAUCUGACUCGCUCUAUGGCACUUGCCCUUGACACAUUUUACUCGGACCUUAGAUGUUGUGGAGUCAGUGCACAUACUGGACAAGGUCUUGACGAAUUUUUCAAACUGGUAGAUGAUGCUGCAGAGGAAUACGAAAAAGAAUACCGAGCGGAUUGGCUAAAGAUGCGUGCGGAGAAGUUAGAGGAAGAAAAGAGGAACGAAGAAGAAUUAAAAAAUAAAGGUCCAGAAGAUACAGUGAUAGAUAAAAAUAAAUUAAUAGAAGAAGUGUCCAGCGGCCGUGAGCUCAGUGAUAUGUACCUGAAACAUCCUGCGAAUGAGAGCUCCAGUGACGAAGAAGGCACGGAGAACCAAACAGAAAUAGACGACAAGCCGCAAGAUGUAGCAAUGUUCCAAGAUUUUUACAGAAAACAUGUGAAACCCAACAACACGGACAAUAACACAUAA